AUGGCGCUCGUACGACUACUGCGUGUGGUGGCAGCAUCUGUCGCAGUGCUGGUAGCGGCACCCACUCCCUCGGACGCCAUGAUCGUGAAGCUGGAUGGGCGCGUGGAGGAAUGCUUUCAUGAGUACGUGCGUACCAAGCGCACGGCCUUCAUGAAGAUCGGCGUGCUGGAGUCGAAGGGUACCUACGACGUCCGACUGAAGGCGUACGGCCCGUUCCCCUCAUAUCCGGAAGAGGAGCAGGUGGACAAGAACUUCUUCGACCACCUUGUAGCAACGCCGUAUGAUGAGACCAACCAGAACGUCGAACACAGUGGCUUCAACUUUGAGUCCGAGCACCGUGGCGGAUGGUAUCGCUUCUGUCUUGGCAACAUGCACGACGGUAGCACGAAGAUGGUCGAGUGGUACACGUCCUUCGACCUGUCGAACGAGGACGAACUGGGCGAGGAAGACAAAGUAGACGAGCAGACUCGUAAAGAGCACGUGGAAGGUGUGAAGACGUCGCUAGAUCGAUUGCAGACGUUGCUGAAGCUUAUUCGUAAUGAGCAGGACUACUACCGUGCCCGAGUACACCGCCACGUUCAGACACUUGAGAGCAGUAAGUCGCGCAUCAUCUACUACACGAUGUUCGAGCUCGUCGUAUUGGGCGCCAUGUACGGCGGCCAGUCUUUCUUACUACAUAAGUGGUUUAGCGAUCGCGGCUACCUCUCCAAGCGCCAGUGGGCGUAA